GUAUUAAUCACCGAUUACUAAUCGUGCUGGAAUUUACGAACGCUAUUAAAGGAAUUCCCAAAAUGUCUAAGCGUGUGCAACCGGUGUGGCAAGCACCAAAAGCCUCAACAAGGCCUCAAUUGAAAUUGUACAAUAGUCUAACCAGACAAAAGGAGGAAUUCAUACCAUUGGACGGAAACAAUGUUAAAUGGUAUAGCUGCGGUCCGACUGUGUACGAUGCCUCGCACAUGGGACAUGCUAGAUCUUACAUUUCAUUUGAUAUUUUGCGACGUAUAUUGGCCGACUACUUUGGCUAUAACAUCCACUAUGUCAUGAACAUUACGGAUAUCGACGAUAAAAUCAUAAAGCGAGCCCGUCAAUAUCAUCUAUUUGAGCAGUAUGCAACUGCAGCUGCUCAGCUGCCACUCGAGCAAUUGCUAAAUGAGCAAAAAGAAGUGCUUAGUUUAUUACAAGUCAAGUGUGAUAAAAAUACAGAUGCUGAUAAGAAAGUAAUGCUUGAAAAGAUGUUGCAACGUAUGAACGACGCAGUCGAAGGUCUAACCAAAGCUGUCAGCAGUGGCAACGAAGCAGAAAUUGCUAAAAUGAGAUGCCAUUAUUUGGAUGAGGCAAAGGAUCCCAUUGCAGAGUGGCUAGAUGGAAAGCAAGGUGCUCAUGUUAAUGAUAAUUCCGUCUUCGAAGCCCUACCCCGAUUUUGGGAAGAUAAAUUUCACAAUGAUAUGAAAUCACUCAAUAUUCUACCACCUGAUGUAUUAACGCGAGUUUCGGAGUACGUGCCUCAGAUUGUUGCAUUUAUACAGCGUAUUAUUGACAAUGGUCUUGCCUACGAGGUAAACGGUUCCGUCUACUUUGAUGUCAAUGGCUUUGACAAACGCGACAAGCAUCACUACGCCAAGCUAGUGCCCGAGGCCUACGGAGACACAGCAUCAUUGCAGGAAGGCGAGGGUGAUUUGUCUGUCACUGAGGAUCGACUGUCAGAGAAGCGAUCGGCAAACGACUUUGCCCUGUGGAAGGCGAGCAAGGCUGGCGAGCCUUGGUGGGAUAGUCCUUGGGGUCGUGGUCGUCCUGGCUGGCAUAUCGAAUGCUCCGCCAUGGCUUCAGAUAUCUUUGGAUCCAUAUUUGAUAUACACACUGGCGGCGUCGAUUUAAAGUUUCCCCAUCAUGACAAUGAGCUGGCUCAGUCCGAGGCUGCGUUCGGUGAAUCAGAAUGGGUUAAGUAUUUCUUGCACACCGGCCACCUGACAAUUGCCGGCUGCAAGAUGUCAAAGUCUCUUAAGAAUUUCGUCACAAUUCAAGAGGCAUUGAAAAAGCACUCAGCAACGCAGUUGCGUCUGGCAUUCCUGUUGCACUCUUGGAAGGACACGCUCGACUACUCCGAAAACACCAUGGAAAUGGCAACUCAAUAUGAGAAAUUCCUCAAUGAAUUCUUUUUGAAUGUCAAAGACCUAACACGGCAGGUGUUAUCCGGAGAGCCUAUGCAGCAAUUUAGUGAGUGGACAGCUGUGGAGGCGGCCCUACAAGCUAAAUUUAACGAUGUCCAGGCACAAGUUCAUGCAGCUCUUUGUGAUAACAUUGAUACGCGCAGUGCUUUAGAUUGUGUACGGGAGUUGGUGUCAACGACGAAUGUCUACAUACGAGACAAUAAAUCCAGACUCAACAGCCUGUUGCUGCGGAAGAUAGCCAGCUAUGUGACGGACCUGUUGCAUAUAUUUGGAGCUAUUGCUGGUCCGCGCGGUGGCAUAGGAUUCCCGCUGAGAGGAGCUGAUUCCGAUUCAGCAACCAAUGAUCACGAGGCCGUAGUAAUGCCAUACGUCCAAUCAGUGGCCGAGUUCCGUAAUUUAGUGCGUGAGCAAGCGAAGGCAUUAAAAGCGUUUGACAUACUGAAGCUAUGUGAUGAUCUCCGUGAUGAUGUCUUACCCAAUUUGGGCGUUCGCUUGGAAGACAAAGAUGAUGGCAAGUAUGCCGUCAAAUUGGUUGACAGGGAUAUGUUGUUGCGCGAACGCGAGGCCAAGCAGGCAGCUGAAGCGGAAAAGGCUUUGGAAAAAGAGCGCAAGAAACAAGCCUUGGCAGAGGCGGCAGCAGCUAAGGAAGCUCAACGUCGCGUCAAUCCAAAAGAAAUGUUUCUCAAUGAAACCGAAAAGUACUCGGCAUUUGGUGAAGAUGGCCUUCCUACACACGACAAAGACGGCAAAGAGAUUAGCAAAGGACAACUCAAGAAACUUCAAAAGCUCCAGCAACAGCAGGAGCAACGCUAUAAAGAAUAUCUGGCUUCUGUUAAUGGAGCAUAGAAUUGACUGCCCCUAAUUGAUAUUA